UGGGAGCAUAGCAUCUGAGGCCAGGGGAACAGCGGUUGCGCGCCCACUCAUCUCUCGCACUCGCGUCGCGCCUUUUCAUGGCCUCUGCUGCUACGGCGCUGCCGCCUCUGCCUCUUUUCAUCUUUUUCCCCUUUGGCACCUUUCGCCUUUGCUGCUUUGACACAUCCUCCCCCAUCCCCGGCCGCAUCAACAUCACCAGUUACUUCACCGGUGCCUCCAUCCUCCUCCCUCUUUGCUUGUUCGCCUGCGUACGUGCUUUACUGUGUCGCAGUCGCAGCUCCGUCGUCGCCGUCCUCGCCGAGCUCUGACCACCUCCGCUCUGACAUUUGUCUCCCCAGCCCAGAGAGGAUCGUUGCUGGUAUCGGCGUUUAUCUACCGCAUUAACAUUGCUCCGGGUCUUGCAGUGGUUCCUUUGGGCCUAGUGCGCUCGUCUAGUGCCGCUAUUCUGCUCUCAGGGGGUCUCUUCGCUCUGUCCAGAUUGGUCUCAAGGUUCAGAUCUAGGAGAGCUCAGGGCCGCUUUUCUUGAUCACUUCUGCUGACAAAGCUUCCAACUGCCACUUGCUCUGACAAAUUCUUGAGCCCAAUCGGUUAGAAAUCAGGAGAUGGCCGAGGUGAAGCCGGAGGACAUGGUCCAUCAUAUGCCCAUGGACCAGCUCCAGGGGUUCGAGUACUGCAUCGACUCCAAUCCUUCCUGGGGAGAAGGGAUUGCUUUGGGGUUCCAGCACUAUAUACUGUCCCUAGGCACUGUUGUCAUGAUCCCUACAAUGUUGGUUCCGCUCAUGGGUGGAAAUGAUCAUGAUAAGGCCAAGGUGGUACAAACUCUGCUGUUUGUGACUGGAAUCAAGACGCUGCUCCAGACGCUAUUUGGCACUCGCCUUCCUACAAUCAUGGGAGGUUCAUAUGCAUAUGUGGUUCCAAUCCUCUCCAUAAUCCGCGACCCCUCGCUCGCGCAAAUAGCUGACGGCCAUACUAGAUUUCUGCAGACAAUGAGGGCCAUACAAGGUUCACUGAUUGUAUCCUCAAGCAUUCAGAUAAUUCUUGGAUAUAGCCAGUUGUGGGCAAUAUGUUCUAGAUUCUUUAGCCCACUUGGGAUGGUUCCCGUCAUUGCAUUGGUGGGGCUUGGCCUUUUCGAGAGAGGAUUCCCAGUGGUUGGGAAAUGCGUGGAGAUUGGUCUUCCAAUGCUUAUCCUAUUUGUUGCGCUUUCCCAGUAUCUAAAGCACGUGCAUGUUCGGCAAGUUCCUUUUUUGGAGAGGUUCUCGAUGCUGAUGUGCAUCGUUCUUGUCUGGGUAUAUGCCCACAUCCUCACAGCAAGUGGUGCAUACAAGCACACGGCACUUGUCACCCAGAUCAACUGCCGAACAGACCUUGCCAACCUCAUCUCUUCAUCACAAUGGUUUGUAGAUUUCUUUUGUGUAUAUUCAUUCAUUAUAACAUCCAUAUUUUACAUUCCUCGUGUGACUUUCCCCUGCAUUUUCGUUAGGAUAAGCAUUCCGUAUCCGUUACAAUGGGGCGCACCAACAUUCAGUGCAGACCAUGCUUUCGGUAUGAUGGCUGCGGUGUUAGUCUCUUUAAUCGAGACAACAGGAGCAUUCAAAGCUGCUGCCCGGUUGGCUAGUGCAACACCCCCACCAGCAUAUGUCCUGAGCAGAGGCAUCGGGUGGCAGGGCAUUGGCACCCUAUUAGAUGGCCUAUUUGGCACUGGGACUGGUUCUACUGUUUCCGUUGAGAAUGUUGGUCUCCUUGGAUCAACAAGGGUCGGUAGCAGAAGAGUGAUUCAAAUUUCUGCUGGUUUCAUGAUCUUCUUCUCCAUGCUAGGUAAAUUUGGAGCACUUUUUGCCUCCAUUCCCUUCACAAUAUUUGCCGCCAUUUACUGCGUUAUGUUUGGAAUUGUCGCUGCUGUGGGGCUCUCCUUUAUGCAGUUCACCAAUAUGAACUCAAUGCGCAACCUCUUCAUUAUCGGUGUUUCACUCUUCCUUGGUUUAUCUAUACCAGAGUACUUUUCUCGGUAUUCCACGAGUUCUCGACAAGGCCCAGCGCACACAAAGGCUGGAUGGUUCAAUGACUACAUUAACACCAUCUUCUCGUCCCCGCCGACCGUCGCUCUCUUCGUGUCAGUACUCCUUGACAACACACUCGACGUCAGAGAUGCAGCUAGGGACCGAGGAAUGCCAUGGUGGGCACGAUUCAGGACGUUCAGAGGUGACAGUAGGAAUGAAGAGUUCUAUACCCUGCCAUUCAACCUCAACAGAUUCUUCCCCCCAUCAUGAGGCAAAGGCAAACCACUGAAGUCAAAAGAUGCUGCAAGCCAAAUUCUCAACAAGCACCUAGCAGUCAGAUGUGCUUUCCAUAGAGUAGAACAAGAGAAAGUUGGACAAAGGCGGAAUUAACUCCCUGCUGGCCGUCGAUUGUACAUAAAUGGUUUCGUUUCUAGUAUCGAUCAAUGAUCAAGGAACAAGAAUGUCAAAUUUUGAUAUAAUGUGAUUUUAGAGAUGUCGUGAACCGUUGUCCCUUGUUAGGAUUACAUAGGAAGUAUAUGGUCUAUGCUGCAGAUGUACUGUCUAUGGCGGUGCUUUUUUUUUUCUGUCAUUAGGAAAAGGCAGGCGUUCAUAAGUAAUCCAUAUAUGGAAACUUGGUUACAGUU